GCGUGUCUAGAGAAAGGAAAACGAAACUAUUCUGCCCUUUCGUGCUAUUUCUCGUGUUAAGAAACCGUAAAUACAGACUUUAUAUGCGUUUUUAAUAGGCCUAUCCAUCAUUUCACAUUGUAACGUCUGGUAUAAAGUAUCUUGAAUGGUAGGGGUGCUAGAUGUCUCUUUGAAAUUGAGAAGCGCUCGUGCGGUAUGUUAAAAAAAAAAUACAACAAAAACGUUUUUGGGGGGAUGGUAAAAUACAUAGCAUUUUGAGAAAUAUAUCCAAGUGGUUGAAUUACUUUUGUGUUUUGAUAGAACGUAACUGUUUAUAUCUAGACUGUUUGAAGUGUAGUCAACUUCUGACCCCGGCAGCGCGCCCGCAGACCUCAAGAUCUCUGCCUUUCAAAAGUGACUGAAACCUACUCUCCUUUCUGCUGCCUUCAGGCCAGGUGGUGAGGUAGUAAAUCUGUGUUUUAUCCCGCGAACUUUCAGGUGCUGACUGCCACUUUGCGAUCCUCGCCCACCCGGCUGUUCUGCCAGACUGUGUUGUUGCAUCAGUAUCCAACACAGAGACACAUCCUCCUAUCUGCUGCGUAACAGGCGGCCCUGGUCCCCCCUCAACCUGCCCCCUGCGCUAUGAGCAGAGGACGAGGAGGCCCCCCCAUAGAGCAUUACCACCGACCCCCUCUCCCCCAACUGCAGGCUAAGCAACAAUACUACAGAGCUGGACCCCUGGGAUUUCACCCCAGAGCCUCCCCGCAACAGGCCCUACACCCAAACGUCCAUUCAUACCUGGGCCCAGUUCCCCCUCUAGUACCACCCAGUGCCCACUCUCAGCCUCUCUACCCCUCUGUCCCUCCCCCACCCGGUCACAGCCCAGCCCUGAAUCAGCAGAGCUCUUGUCCCAGUGGUCCUAACUCCUUCAGGCAGCAGCAGGUCCACUUCCUGAGGGGACAGAACACUGAGGCUCCCCAGUUUAGGGUGAGCCCCAGAGGAGGGGCGCAGAGCUUGGGUCGAGGGGGACCAAACGGACUCUAUAACGAAUCGAACCAGACCCAGGCAGGGUACAGCAGGUACUCCCAAAACAGCUCUAGGGGGAGAGGGGGAUACGGCAGCGAGCGAGGCAGAGGGAACGGUAGGGACUUCGGGUACCCGCCCAGUCAGGGACCCCCUAGAGGACCAACCGGCCCUAGAUUCUGGAACCAGAAGCAGACUUCAACCCAAAAGCAAGGCUUCAACAGACAGUGGAGCCUUCAUGCAGACUGUGCUGACAGGCCGUCUUUCUCAGAAGGCUUUCAGAGUUUAUCCUUAGACAGAGAGAGGUCCUACAGAGGAAGAGUUGACCGAGGCGACAGCUUUGACAAAGUUUCUAUUGGUAGUAGUAAUAAUUCAAACAACAAGAGUGUCCCUACAUUUCAGCCACCCGACAUCCGAGAGCAAGUUUUGCAAGCCUUGGCAGAUUUGAGCCCCGGUGAGAAGCUACAAGCAAAGUGUUUGGCGAAAACGCUGCGGUUGCCCAAAAAGUUCAUCAACCAGGCCCUUUACGGUCUCGAGCGUGAUAAGAAAGCUUCAAAACACGGUGAAAGUCCUCCAGAGUGGACUGUCUACGUAGAACCACAGGAAGAACCGGAAAGUAGAGAUUCUGAUCCGGAAAGCCCACGUUCCCAACCGAGGGAACAUUCUGUGGAGUCACAGGAAAGGCCUUCAGAAGAAGAUUGCUCUCACUUUCUGUCUGUGAAGGAGGAGGACGUUGUCAUCGACGCUGAGAUCCAGCAAAUUGAAGCGCAGGGUCCUGAGGGCGACAAAGAAGAAGAUUACUACGUAGAAUCUGAUUCACACUCCUCUUCCUCAGAACCAUCUGAGUCAUAUCGGCAACAUUCCCAGUCCCAAACCCAACAACCCAGUAUCAACAGCAGCAGUAACGAAGAGCUUGACCUAGACCUUGACGAGAGCGACAUGGCGGACUGCGGCAGUAAUCAGAAGGAGUUGAUCCUGCAGUAUCUGCUGGAGGCAGGGGAGGCCACGGCCCUGGUGAUCUCCAAGAACCUGGGCCUGAGGGGCGCCAAGCAGGUCAACCCCACCCUGUACGCCAUGGAGAAGCAGGGCGACGUGAACCGCAACGCAGAGGUGACCCCUCACAUCUGGGAGCUAUCUGUCCAUCGCAGGGAGAGGAUGGAGAGGAGCCUCAAGGCCGAGCGCAGCGCCCCUGCAAAGGUUGAAGGAAUGGGGUCCGGAUUCCAGGCGGUGCCACCCGGAUUGGAGUGUCUAGAGGCCAAAGCUGAGGCGGAGGACGAGUCGAACGGAGGGCAGUGGGCGACCGACGAUAUCCCCGAAUUCCUCAACGCCAUCAGCCGGGAUGGAGGGGGGACAGUAGCAGUCUCCCUGGCAGCGCCCCCACCUCAGAACCUCCGUGCCAAACUCCAGGAGGUGAGGGCCAAGAACCCCGUCAGCGGCCUGAUGGAGUUUGCCCAGUACCAGGGACACAAUUGCGAGUUCCUGCUCCUCGACCAAUCAGGGCCCUCACAUGACCCCAGAUUCCGUAUGCAGGUCAUGCUGGACGGCAGGUUGUUUCCUGUUGCUGAGGCAUCUAAUAAAAAGGUGGCUAAGAAAGAUGCUGCCGCAGCAACCCUGAGGAUUCUGCUGCGUGAGAUAGAGGGGGGAGGGGCUGAGGAGGGGCUCACUGCAGGGGUGGACCAGGCCAUGGACCCCACCUCUGACGUCCCUGAGGUGGUGGAGGGUCCACCCCAGGCCCUGUCUCGUUCCCUGCCGGGGGGUAAGAACCCCGUGUCCAUGCUGAUGGAGUACAGUCAGCGCACUGGAAACCCCAUCGAGUUCAUCAACACUGGACAGGAGGGCCCACCUCACGACCCACGGUUCAUGUUCAGGGUGAAGAUCGGGGAAAGCCUGUGUGCUGAAAGCUCAGCCCCCAGUAAGAAGGCUGCCAGGCAGCUGGCUGCAGAGGAGGCAGUCAAGGAGUUAAUGGCCGACGGGAGACUGCAGCUCAACAAGCCCCAGUUUCCCCUGUGUCUGUCUGGUGAUGAAGGGGGCUUCAUGCCCGCUUGCCCCUCUCUGCCCCCGCUGACAGAGGAGGAGCUGCGUUCUGCCCACGAGGCGGGGGUUGGUGACCUCAUCAGCCACCUAAACAACAACGCUGUGUCAGGUCUGCUGGAGUACGCCCGGGCCAGGGGCUUCGCUGCAGAGAUACGACUGGUUGGGCAGUCAGGACCACCGCACGAGCCCAAGUUUACCUACCAGGCUAAACUAGGGGGUCGCUGGUUCCCUCCUGUCUGUGCUUCCAAUAAGAAGCAAGGGAAACAGGAAGCAGCUGAUGCAGCUCUGAGGGUUCUGAUUGGAGAGGCAGAGAAGGCUGCCCGCACCGGGGAACUAACCCCUGCAGAGCUGCCACUGAGUGGUGGGACAAUCCAUGACCAGAUCGCCAUGUUGAGUCACCAGCGCUUCAACGCCCUCACCACACGCAUACAGCACAGUCUUCUGGGAAGGAAGAUCCUCGCUACCAUCGUCAUGAAGAGGGGGGAAGGGCUGGGGACCGUGGUCAGUCUGGGAACAGGAAAUCGCUGUGUUAAAGGGGAGGAGCUGAGUCUUAAAGGGGACACCGUUAAUGACUGCCACGCAGAAAUCAUCUCCAGGAGAGGAUUUAUCAGGUUUCUAUAUGCUGAGUUGCUGAAGCACUGUGAAGGAUCAGAGGACAGCAUAUUUGAGCCAGCUGAGGAGAACAAGCUCCGGAUCAAACCUGACACCACCUUCCACCUCUAUAUCAGUACUGCUCCGUGCGGAGACGGGGCGUUGUUUGAUAAGUCGUGCAGCGAGGACGCGGGGGACGGCCAGGGCCACCAGCCCCUGUUUGAGAACGCCAAGCAGGGCAAGCUGCGCACCAAGGUGGAGAAUGGUGAGGGCACCAUCCCGGUAGAGUCAUCGACCAUCGUGCCCACCUGGGACGGCAUCCAGCACGGCGAGCGUCUGAGGACCAUGAGCUGUAGCGACAAGAUCCUUCGCUGGAACGUCCUGGGACUGCAGGGAGCCCUGCUCUCCCACUUCCUCCAUCCUAUCUACCUGGCUUCAAUCACCCUGGGCUACCUGUACAGCCAUGGCCACCUGACACGUGCUGUCUGCUGCCGAUUGGCCAGAGACGGCGAAGCCUUCUCCAAGAGUCUACCUGCUCCCUACACACUCAACCACCCCGAGGUGGGCAGGGUGAGUGUGUAUGACUCGACGCGUCACACAGGGAAGACCAAGGAGUCCAGCGUGAACUGGAGCCAGCCAGACCACAUCACUGUGGAGGUGCUGGAUGGGACCAAGGGCAAACUGGACGGCCCCAAACUGGACGUGUCGCGGGUCUCCAAGUCCAACAUCUUCCGUCAAUUCCGGUCGUUAUGCCAACAGUGCGGGCGCCAGGACCUGCUGGCUCUCCCGUCUUACGCCCAAGCCAAGAUGGCCGCCAUGUCCUUCCAGGUCGCCAAGCAGCAGUUCUUCGAUGCGCUCGGUAGCCAUGGUUACGGUGCCUGGAUUGGCAAGCCAUUGGAGGAGAAGAGCUUUGACGAAGCGGCGGCCUCCGAUGGCCAAGGGGCAGGAAGUGUUGCUAAUAGCAACCAGGGAUACAACAACAACAAUAGCUAUGGAAGCACAACCACUGACUAUAACAGCAGCCAGUGGGGUAGUAGUGCGUACACACAGGCCAUGUAGAAAGGAGGGAGAAGGGAGGGUUGGCUAGAGAUAGAAGGACAUGAGCCUGGAGGACAGGGGGGGAAGGGAGGAGAGGAAAGAGGAGCUAACAGCAAGUACUGGAUCUUCUUGAAAGAAGGGGUAGAGGUCAGACAGAUUGGAAAGGACAGAGUUACUGAGAUGGAGGGAGGGAAGGGGAGAACAGGCCAGCCCAAGGGGUGAGGGUCAGACAGCAGCAAGAGAGAUGGAGAGAGAGAAGGGGUUGCUACUGCUACACAAAAGCAACAGAAUAUAGAAAGAGAGGGGAGAAUAGGGGGUUAGUAAGCAUGAUGACUGUGAUGUAGUGACAUUCAGAACUGCAUAGCAUGCACUACUGCUCCACUGUAACAGUAGCCCCAGGACACUCUAUCCUCACAUUUACAUACAGGACAAACCCUCCCUGCCCUCACACACACAGCCCUGUCUCUCUAGUUCAGACACCCUACACCUGACCCUGUCCUACUCGCCAGCCAGCCAUUCAAUCACGCAUGACUAGUUUAAUCUGUACUUAUCAGCCUGAGCAUGGAUAGUAGUGAUCACACUUUAUAUAUAUAUAUAUAUAAACCAGCCUUGUAACGUUUAGCUACUCCCCGACCUAGUAACCCACCCCUUUACACUGUGUUAAUGCUAUGGCUGCAUCUACAGGUCACAGCCUGGUCCAUCCCAGAACUCUCCACUGUAACAUAGAUUUGAUGACUAACUAGCCUAGAUCAUAAUUAUUCUGUUAUUGUUGUGUCCUAUGUGGUGUGUAUCGCUAUCGUUCUUGAGGUUUUUGGUGUUGCCACUCGAGGGCCACGUCAGAAAGGACAACGGUGACGUUGAGAACUGCUGAGAACAAGUAAAUCAGCUACUUGUUUUCAUUUUAGGAUUCAUGUUAGGGGGGGGUCAAAGUUCAGGUUAGGAUAAGUUAUUACUCGUAGUUGUGAUAAAAAAAAAGAGAAGAAAGGCUUUGCACUCUUGUCCUUCCUAGCGUGGCCAGAAUGUGGCCGGCAGGUUUUAUGCGGACAGGGAGAAAGACUGGUUUGUUUUUAUGUUUUAGUUCAGUCUGAUCAAAUACAUUCAAGGGUGAAGCAAUAUAUACAUCAUGUACAUACAAAUACAUAAAUACACAGAUGUAUAUGCAAUAACAAUGUUUGUGUAGGGUAUGUAUAUAUCUCUGUGUGUGUAUGUAUAUGUAUAUAUUAUGUAUAUAUUUUGUAAGUCAUGCCUAAAAUUGAUUUUCUAUUGACUAUUUUUUUUGAAACGUUUUAACAAGUGGAUGACAAAGCAUUUUGUUUUAUUAUGUAUGAAAAUUCUGUCAAGUUUUAAGUGAUUAUAAAGACCGGCUUUGUAAAAGCUGAAA